CUUUUGUCAGUUCCCGAUUGGACGAUCUAAAAACAUUUUCUAUUUUUACUCCCUAGAUUUUUUUCCCCAUUUCCUUUCACUGUUCACAUAUAUAUAUCCGUGCACUUGCUUGAAAAAACAAAAAAAAUAAACAAAUAUAUUGCACUAUCUGUCCUAUUUUGCAUCUUGCCGGCGCUCGCGAAGCCCUAAUUCUCUAUCCAUCUCGCCGUUCAUAAGCUCUCUAAAUUGUUGAAUUAAAUCCUUCACCCACAUCGAUUUGAGAGCCUUCAUUGCCGGGAUGAACUACUGGUGGAAAUCCAAGAGUUGCUGGCGGCCUUUAGGCGAAUCCUUCCUGUCACAUGAUGACAUGCUUCUGCAUGUACAGGCAAACUUGACGGUCAUGUCACAUAUGAAAUUCAACCUGCAUUACUUUUCGUUCUUGGGCAUGGAUGCCAGAUUUCACAACUUGGGAUUUGCCACUAACCCACAGCCAAACGCAUUCAAGAAUCUGUGCAAUUCCAUACAAACAGGAGGAAGUGGAGCGGAUGCCAUGUACUGUGCCGACACAACCCUACGGCUUGAUUCGCCUGGUUUCCCAAGCCCCUUCACUCCCGCCCCAAAGGGAGUCAAACGCAAGUGGGGCGCCACAGGUGGCCCUUCGAACCAUCUUUUCGAGUCCUCACUGAAUCUCCGCCUUGGUCACUCCUCGAGUUCCUCUGAAAGCAAGGGCAGCACAGGAACCGCGUGCACCUCGAUGUCCAAGGAAACCGAAGAGGAGUCAUCUAUGGACAUUGAGCUGGACUUCUCUCUCCACCUCGGUGGCGAUAACAAGUCAUCUGUUCUGGAGAAGCCCGCCAGCUGGGAUUUAAAAUCGCCUGAUCCGUCUCCUGUGGUCGAUCUCCAAUUAUGCCUCUCGAGCGGGCCCGCUGUUUCCGAUAUCACGCUCCUCCACCCGAGUCCAAGCACUCCAAGCACCAUCACGAACACGUACACCGGCUUUGGGAAAACGAGCCAGAUAUCAGCGGGCCUCUCAUCGAGUGUAGUAACAACACCGAACAGCUCAGUCACCUGUACUUCCGGGAUACUAACUACUCAGUCACGGCAGGCGCGUGGCACCAGCACCAAACUAUGUCAGUACCAGGGCUGCUCCAAGGGGGCGAGAGGGGCGUCGGGCUUCUGCAUCGCCCACGGCGGGGGCCGCAGGUGCCAGCGGCCCGACUGCGGCAAGGGGGCCGAGGGCCGGACGGCCUUCUGCAAGGCCCACGGCGGCGGCCGGCGGUGCGAGUUCCUGGGGUGCACCAAGAGCGCGGAGGGGCGCACCGACUUCUGCAUCGCCCACGGCGGGGGUCGGCGGUGCGGCCACGAGGGGUGCACCAAGGCCGCCCGGGGGAAAUCCGGGCUCUGCAUCCGCCACGGCGGCGGCAAGCGGUGCCGGACGGAGGGCUGCGCGAGGAGCGCCGAGGGCCUCACCAGGGCUGUGGGNGCGGCCCCCGGGUGCACUAAGAGUGCGCGCGGGAGGACUGACUUCUGCGUGCGUCACGGCGGGGGAAAGAGGUGCAGCCGUGAGGGGUGUGGGAAGAGCGCCCAAGGCAGCACUGACUUCUGUAAAGCGCACGGCGGCGGGAGGCGGUGCACAUGGGGCCACGCGGGUUGUGAGAAUGGGGUGGGGGAUGUGCCAUGUGGCGCCUUUGCGAGGGGUCGAACGGGGCUCUGUGUAUCCCAUGGGGUACUUGUGCAGGACAGGAGGGUUCACGGUGGGGCGACUGUGGGGGCUGGCUCUCAGGGUUCUAAGGUCGAUGGGAAUUGUGUGUUUGUGGGUGAGGGUGUGGCUUAUGCUGAAUUUGGUUCCAAGCAGGCGGCUAGUCUCCCUGUUGGAAGCAACAGUGUGUCGACGGGUAAGGUACCGGAGGGAAGGGUGCAUGGAGGGAAUCUGAUGGCGAUGAUUACUAGGAAUCAUGGUUUCGGCUUUAGCGGCUCCAACAAAGGCAUAGCAGGCCCAUCUGGGCCUGGGGAGUCUGUAAUGACGCAUCGGACCUGGAUGUGA